GAAAACGUAACGAUCCAAAUUGAGAAGGUCCCAAAUUUGACGCCAAAACUGGAGAUCAAAGCUGCAAAUCUUCGUUGUGAAUUCAGAGGAAGUUACAGAGACAAAGAGUAGUGGCAAAAACCUAGCCAGGAAACCUGGCAAACCUUGGAGGAUUGAGGGCUCGCUUGUCGUUGAAGCAUUCCAUUUCUGAUCACAACGACGACGAGGAGGAGUGCAGACCUUGGCGUCGUCGUCUUUCUAUGGCUUUCACAUGGCGCUCCGCCCUCAAGAUUACCCUCUUACUCCUACUUCUUGCUGCUGCUGUAACUGCCUGUUUUACCCUCCCAAUCGAGAAGAUUCUGAAGGACUUUUUACUAUGGGUUCAUGAAGAUCUUGGCGCUUGGGGUCCACUUGUGCUGUCUAUUGCAUACAUUCCUUUGACAGUGCUGGCAGUUCCUGCCUCGAUACUUACUCUUGGUGGUGGUUAUCUAUUUGGGUUACCUGUGGGCUUUGUUGCUGAUUCCAUUGGUGCAACUGUUGGGGCUGGGGCAGCUUUCCUUCUUGGGCGAACUAUUGGAAAGUCAUUUGUGGUUUCCAAGCUGAAGGAUUAUCCACAGUUUCAUUCGGUUGCAAUUGCUAUUAAUCGGUCUGGAUUUAAGAUUGUUUUGCUGCUUCGGCUUGUACCGUUACUGCCAUUCAACAUGUUGAAUUACCUAUUGUCCGUGACUCCUGUUUCACUAGGGGAGUACAUGUUGGCUUCAUGGUUGGGAAUGAUGCCCAUCACACUUGCAUUAGUAUAUGUUGGAACCACACUCAAAGAUCUGUCGGAUGUUACACAUGGUUGGGGAGAAUUUUCAAAGACUCGUUGGGCAUUCAUAAUAUUGGGCCUUGUGGUAUCGGUGGUUCUGGCGUACUGUGUUACCAGAGUUGCAAAGGCUGCUUUGGAAAAAGCUUUGGCCGAGAACGGAGAUGGUGUUGAUUAUUUGGGUCUCUCCUCGCAGCUACCCAUUGUAGAUGAAUCCCCUGUUGAUCUUAACCAGCCUCUCAUAAUCAAGAUUGACUCUCCUCAAGUUGAUGAUCGUAAAUGAAAAAACAUAACUCUUUUUCACAUGUAAAUUCUUCAUUCUCCUCCUUCCUUCAAUUCAAUAUAGCCCAGGCUUCCCCGAACGUUGGAAAACUGUUAUUUUUUUUUUUAUGUAUGUACAAUUCAUACUCCAUAACAUAGAAUCUAGUUUUUUCAUCUCUAAAUUAAAAGCAUGUAUUAAAGUGGUA